GUGUUAGAUUCCCUUAUCCUUCCCAUACUUCGCCCGUACCGUAACAUAGCUGAAACUCAACUCAAUCAAACUCAAACAUUGCGAAUCCAAAGGCAAAAUCUGUGUCUGUCUGAAACAAAACACUUCAAUUGAAAUCAAACAUGUUUUGCGGCGUAGUUAGCACUUCCUUCACUUCCAUUUUACCCAGAAAACAACACCACUCCACACCCUUUUCCCCAUUCAAAUCCAUUCAAUGUUCUCUUCCAGGAGCUGUUGCUGAACCUAAAACAAAUAAUGCCACAGAACCUCUUUUGCUCAAUGCAGUUCGUGGAUUAGAUGUCGAAAGACCUCCUGUUUGGCUUAUGAGGCAAGCUGGGAGGUACAUGAAGAGUUACCAAAUCAUCUGCGAAAAAUAUCCGUCAUUCCGGGAAAGAUCUGAAAAUGUUGAUCUCGUGGUUGAAAUUUCAUUGCAACCGUGGAAGGUUUUCCAGCCUGAUGGGGUGAUAUUAUUCUCAGACAUUCUUACACCCCUAUCUGGAAUGAAUAUUCCAUUUGACAUUGUAAAAGGCAAGGGUCCUGUCAUAUUUGACCCAGUUCACUCCGCAGGCCAAGUUGAUCAAGUGAGGGAGUUUAUUCCCGAGGAAUCAGUUCCAUACGUUGGUGAAGCACUAUCAAUUUUGCGCAAAGAGGUAGAUAAUAAAUCUGCAGUCCUUGGUUUUGUGGGUGCUCCGUUUACCCUGGCGUCGUAUGUGGUUGAAGGCGGUUCAUCAAAACAUUUCUCUAAAAUAAAGAGAUUGGCAUUCUCUGAACCAAAGAUCCUUCACUCAUUACUGCAAAAGUUUACAACAUCAAUGGCAAGAUACAUACAAUACCAAGCUGACAAUGGAGCGCAAGCUGUGCAGAUAUUCGAUUCAUGGGCAACGGAGCUUAGUCCAGUGGAUUUUGAACGAUUCAGUUUGCCAUACUUGAAGCAAAUUAUCGACACUGUAAAGAAAAGCCAUCCAGAACUCCCUCUUAUCCUCUAUGCAAGUGGAUCAGGAGGCUUACUUGAGAGAAUAGCAUUGACCGGUGUGGAUGUUGUUAGCUUGGAUUGGACAGUCGAUAUGGCUGACGGUAGAAGGAGAUUAGGACCAAAUGUAGCUAUCCAAGGUAAUGUUGAUCCUGGUGUUCUGUUUGGAUCGAAAGAGCUGAUUACAGAUAGGAUACACGAUACUGUGAGAAAGGCUGGUAGAGGGAAACAUAUCCUAAACCUUGGUCACGGCAUUGUAGUAGGUACUCCUGAGGAGAAUGUAGCACAUUUUUUUGAGGUUGCCAAAGGAAUCAAAUACUAAGUUCAUUAAGAUUUUUAUUGAUUUACUAACAUUUUUAUUCAUUUCAUUACAGUUAAUAUAAGAUUUUGGUUUGUCAAUAUUUUAUUUUUGCAGUAAUAAGUUAGUUACAUGACUAACAGUUUAGUUAA